GAAAAAGUUAUGGGAUUGCCGGUCGCAAUGGUAUCGGCAAAAGCACCAUUACCAAAACUUUGUUGAAACUUUAUCCUCUUCAAUCUGGGCGGAUAUUGGUUAAUGAACGGAAUAUUCAAGAAAUAGAUACUACUUCUUUACAUGAAAGGAUUUGUUACCAAACUAAUCGGCCCGGUUUUUCUCGACUCACCAUUGCUGAAAAUGUGUUUUAUCCCCAUUUCUAUCAGGAAAAGGACUUAGAUAAGUUAACUGUGGCUGCCCAGGCGGUGGGAAUUUGGGAAUUCAUUCAACAAUUGCCCCAUCAAUUUCACACUUUACUAGAAGAAGGUGGCCGCGAAUUCUCAGAGGGACAAAAACAACAAAUUGCGGCCAUGAGAAUAUUUGUCCGCGAUUACGACGUUUAUAUUCUUGAUGAAAUACUAAGUAAUAUUCAUCCCGUGCUGAAAGAAACCAUGCUUCGUAACAUUUUCGCCCGAAUAAAAGGUAAAACUGUUAUCGUAAUUGACCACCACUACGAGAUUUUUCAAUAUCUCGAUUAUGUUUAUCAGUUUACCGGUAAAGCCUUGAUUACUAAGGAAAAAGAAGACUUUUUG